AUGGCUAUCUGGAGAGAACUCGGUCUGCAAUUGCAGCGUGCUGUGCCCAAGGCCACGGCCGGUGAGAUGUGCCUGGCUCAGUCGCGGAGAUACGUCACUCACUCGGCAACGCCGUGGAGAACCGGAACGGUCGCAAACACACACCGGUGGGGGUUGGGAACAUACAAGGGCCUGCGUCCGUCUUUACAGUCAUUGAAGACGGCACAGCGUUCCUUUUCCGUGUCGGCGCAAGUCGCUCACGGCCAUAUCACGCCGCCCAAGCCCGGCGAGGAGAUCAACGUCACCUUCAUUGACAAGGAUGGCAACGAGGUGAAGCUACAGGUUGCGGAGGGGGAUAACCUACUCGACAUCGCGCAGGCGAACGAUCUCGAAAUGGAGGGUGCCUGCGGUGGCUCAUGUGCUUGCUCUACCUGCCAUGUGAUUGUUGAUGAACCCGAUAUGUUCGAUAAGAUGGAGGAACCCUCGGAUGACGAGAACGAUAUGCUGGAUCUGGCCUUCGGUCUGACCGAAACCUCGCGACUGGGCUGUCAGGUCCUUAUGAACAAAGAGCUGGAUGGCCUCGUUGUGCGCUUGCCGACUAUGACACGGAAUCUCCAGGCAAGCGACUUUGAGAAGAAAUAA